UGUGUGAGCGCUCGCUGGCACCAGUCUGCUCUGCAAGCAGCGAAAGGUGGAGAGAUUUUCACCAUCACACACUGUGACUGUUACACAUAUACACACACGCACACACACUCACACAUAUACACAGUCAGCGAAAGAAACGGGACGCAUAGAAACGUAACAGGACUAUGGACCUGAGCCUGCGAGAUGCUCUGGGUGGAGGUGGAGUCUCAGGUGGGGCCCCUGCUGAGUCCCUGCUGAAGAGAGACUUUGCAGCCACGCUGGAGAAGGACAGCUUUGAUGACAAGGUGGGAGAGACAGUCACCAAGAGCGACUACCGACCCUUACUGGAUGGAAAGGACACCAAGAGCGGUCCAGGGAUGAUGUCAUCUAAGAUGUCAUCAGGGGUACACCAAGACUCACCUGGACAGCCUGCCUUCAGCUCUGACUACCUGUCUGGUCCUAUGAUGGGUGGGAGGACAGAUCAGUGGAGCUUGAACAAGACAAAGGACAGCAGCAUGCCUGACUCAUUUCUAGGCUUCUCUCAGUCUGGGAUGGGGGGGACCAUGGGGUCCAGCCUGCCACCAUUUCAGACCAGUAUGAGCUCCACUCUCGGCCAGAGUGGGAUGGGUUCAGCUAUGGACACCCAGAAGAAUUCAGGCCUGUUUGGUGUGGAAAACAAAACCACAAGUGGAAGCAGUUCGUUUAAAACCAGUGAUCUGUUAUCUUCUGGUGGCCCGGGAAUCCACUCUAUGGAUCAUUCUACAGCUCCCGUCCUCUCUCCCAGCGGCUCAAUGGACGACAGCAGUCCCAGUUCCUCCACCUCCGAUCCCCUCAGCCCCGAGAGAGUGGGGCCGGGGGGCAAGGCUGGCAAGCAACAGCAGAGACGGAAGAAGAAGAAGAGGAAGGAUCGUGGCGAGGUCUACGCCUUCUUGGAUAGCCAGGAGAAUAACAUUGGCCAAUCAGACAAGCAUGGGAUGCAGGAUAAGGGUGGAUGGGAGGCAGAGGAGGACGUAGACGAGGAGGAGAACCGGGAGUGGGAGAUCAGAGAGAGUGGAGGAGGGGGACGAGUGAAAAGCAGGAAGACUAAGAGUCGGGCAAGACUUCCAGAGGAGUGGGGGGCUCCCCAGCAGCCCAUCUCCCCCACGUUGGCUACAGUCGCUCCUACCUGGACUGCAACUGUAGACUCUGGUCCUUUUGACUCCAGAGCUCCAAACUCCAGCCCCAGUCCUGUUUUGCCAUCUGCCCCCGCACAAAUACCCACAAGUUUCACCAACAGUUUGCAUGCUAGCCCUGUAACAGAUUCAUCUCCACGCUCCUAUGAGCCGAUGUGUGUAGACGAUUUCCUGAUGUCUGCUAAAGGUGGUCAAAAAGCAAACGAAGACAAAGUUUCGACCAGCAAUCCUGAACCUAACGUUAGUUUAGUGGCUAGUGCUGCCAACAAGAGUAGUUUAGCUGGGGAUGUUAGCAGUAGUCUAGCAUUGAUGGCAGGGGACAAUCUGAGCCCAGUCUCCCAGACCUUCUCUUUCCUGGAUUCUGUCCUCCAGACCCCCCCAGGCUCCACUCCUGACUCACAGACCACCACCCCUAUAAUAAACACCCCCUCCCUUGCUACCGCUCUCCUGUCAAAUUCCACCCCGACAGAGACCUCCAUCCCUGCUUCACAAGCUUCUUCUGUUUUCAGUCCCUCCAAGAGCACUAUAGACUUUCCUCCUACUUCCGCUUUGUCCACCAACCCAUCACCCUUAGCUGCCGCAGACCCACACCCACCUACAAGUGCAGUCGGAUCCUCCCUCAACGUUGAUGCCCAGCCUUUUGUUCCCUCAGCCACACUCAUAUCCUCCACGGCCAUAUCUGUUAAGACCUCCUCCACUCCUGUUACAGCAGCAGCAGCCUACACGGCAACCACUGCUACGGUGUCCACUACCACCUCAGACACUGCCCUUAAGUCCUCUGCUUCUCCCCGUAGGAAUGAAGCCUCUCCCACAUCAGGCACUCCCCCCCAAAAUGUAGUCACACCAUUUAGCUCAGUAACAACCACUCUCCCUUCUUCCAUCACCCCUGCAGCCCCUCCCUCUCUCCCUGCACACUCAGAGCACCAGGAGUCCUCGUCGUCACAGCUCCCCCCACUGGAAGUGAAAUCUGACAACAAGGACAAGCAGGAGAAGAAAGACAUCAUGUCCAGCAAGACAGACAAGAUCGACACCUUUGACAAAAAAGAGAAAGAAGAGCAGCAGAAGAAGGACAACGGCCCAGACAAGAACCAGAAGUCUGAGAAGAUUGUCAAAGAUGAGGAAAAGAUAGAGAAGAUGAAUGUGGAGAAAAACAACAAGGCCAUGGAGAAGGCAGAGAAGGUAGACAAGCCGGAGAAGACCAACAAGGAUGAAAAGAAAGAAGAGGAGAAGAAACCGGCUGAGAAGAAGGAAGAGAGCGGGAAGGGAGUGAAAGGAACUGCCAAGUCCCCAACAGGCAACAGCAGCAAGACUCUGCCAAGCCCUGACAGCAAGAGCAAGCCUGACGUGGCUUCAGCUAAACCAAACUCAGCCAAAUCUCGCCCAUCCACCCUCUCCACCAAUGGCGAGGCCAACUCGGCCAAACGCCCCAUCCCCACCACAGCCUCAACCAAUAAAAAAAGCCCUGUACCCAAGGCGACCACACCCACCGCCGUCAAGCAGUCACCAAUGGCAGUUGGUUUCGCCAAGGCUGCCAAGACUCCAGAAAAUGGAACAGCUGAGAAACGCCCACCUGUGCCAAAGGCCACAGCCACACCCCGUGCUACUGCCAAUAAGAACAGCUCCUCUGCGACUGCUGCAAGUAAAACCGCUGCGAACAAGAAUGACAAGACUGAGAACAAGACGGGAGAGGCCAAGAAACCCAAGAGUACAGCCCGUCCUCGCCCGGCCUCCACCACCACUCCUGCUACUCCGGCUGCCUCCACUAACGGUGAAAACACCUCCGCCCACCGCCGCCGGGUCAUCACCAAACCCCCUGUGCCCAAGCAAACGCCACUGGAGAAGAAGCCACCGGUGCCCCGUGCUCCUCGUACCCCUCGGCCCAUUAACGCUCCAACACCUGAUCUGAAGAACAUCCGGUCCAAGAUCGGAUCCAUUGACAACAUCAAGUACCAGCCUGGUGGAGGAAAGGUCUCCUCCACUCCAAACAACAAGACUUCCGAUCCCUCCACCCCUGCUGCCAAGACCAGAGUUCAGAUAGUGCACAAAAAGCUGGACUUCAGCCAUGUCACGUCCCGCUGUGGCUCCAAGGACAAUAUCAAACAUGUCCCUGGAGGUGGCAAUGUGCAGAUCCUAAAUAAGAAGGUUGAUUUGAGCAAGGUGACAUCCAAAUGUGGCUCCAAGGACAACAUCAAACAUAAGCCAGGUGGAGGUGAUGUGAAGAUUGAGUCCCAUAAGCUAAACAUUAAAGCUAAGUCUAAGAUUGGAUCCCUGGAUAACGUGGGGCCAGGCAACGGACAGACCAACGGACACAAGGAGGAGAAAACAGAGGAGAAGACAUCUUCACCCCCAAGUGGUGCUCCGACAACAGGACCAGCAGGCGUUGCUAAGGCAACAGCACCAGGAGGAACUAAGGAGAAUGGAGUGAAGGACCCCACACCUACUCCUUUUGGGGGUGACGGCCUGAGGGAGCCCCUUAGCAUAGACAAACGCAUCACUGAGACAAAUUGAGUCCCAGUGACGUGUAGAGUUUGGACACGCAUGGCGCAGGCCGACUUGCCAAUCAACCGACCAACCAACCUACCACGGCGCAGUCACUUCCCUCUUCCCUUCAUCUCGCCCACCGCAGUACUGAACUGACCAAUUGUCUCUCAGUGUUUCUCUGAGGUCCGCCUGCCAGCUUCCUGCUACCAACCCUGAUCUUUGACCUCUUUACGCCCUCUGGUUGCCCUUUGGCCCUGCCCACCACAGCACUUGCUGUUUGUCUGUGUUUCUCUGUGUGGGGAUCCACCAGCUUCUCUACUGAUAAAAUUCCCUUGUAAUCACUGAUUUAGAGGAUUUCAAUCCCAUAUUUAAUAACCUUAAACGCAAUAAACCCACUAUCGUAGUCAAUGCUGUAUGGAUAUUGAGCAUAGCCAAUUUUUUCACAGAAUAUUUCCACCUAUGAGUACAAUUACUGUUUUAUCACGUGUCCUUAUAGCGCAAAGACCCUGCUUCAGAACUCAGUUUCUAAGGCUAAUCUAUGGUCUCUAUUAUAAGCUUUUACAAUUCAAAACCACUUUGAUCUUCCAACCUUGUUAGCAGACCUAUGCCCUACCUCUAUUCCCAGUCCUGGUCCAUUUAGCUCCAGACCACACUAACCAGCUGAGGGCCUGCUACUGGCCAGCAGCAGGGCAAAUACUGUCAAGUCUGCUUCAGAUCAACACGUUCCAGCCUCCCAGCCAGCUAGCCAGCCAUUAUUUUCAAAUAGACAGUAUCUACAGCACUGCACAUUAUCUAAUUAAAGGUAAUUCUACAACUCACUCAUCAAUCAUUAUUUCCCAUUAGAUCUCUUGGUAUCAUUGCACCAGUUUGUCUCCACCAAAUGUAUUACAAUACUGCUUCUUUAUCUCUGGACUUGAUGCUCACAAUUAACAGUGAUCAAUGCAGAGGACAAGGACUUAUAUAGAGUAGAGGGGAUACAGUUUGGAAAUAGAUCUAAAGUUAUCAUUCGAAAUCAGUACAGAGAAGUCAGAAACUAUUAGGAUGUUAGACAAUUCGUGUUCAAUAAAAGAAGAAUUUAUCGAGAGUACUUGCAGAUGACUUUAUGUGGUUAGUGCAUGAUAAUCAUCAAGAAAGGUAGGCGUAAAGUGAUGGGAGAGCUCUGUUGUUUCACUGGGUGGUCUUGGCUCAAAAAAUUAUUUGGCAUCUAACAGGUAUUUGAUCUCGAAGUUAAGAUCACAGCAUUUGACUCUGAAGUAGUGAGCCAAUCUGAAGGAGGGAUUAAAAUCAAUUUAUUGCGGAAGAAUCGUCAUGAUCAGUGGUUUUGCUCAUGCUGGCAAAGUAAAACUGUGACAUUGCUUUGACAAGCUAAUUUCCACCAUUGACCAAUGUCAAGCCAUCUUAUAUGCGCUGUGCUUUGAGGGAUCGGAGAGCUGUCCAAAAUGUAGGAAGCUACGGUAGUAUUAUGAACUACCUCUGUUUAGAGUAUAAACAGCUCCACAAAAGAGGAAUAGUUCUAAAGUAAUAAUUAUGAGACUUUUGAAUAAAUGGUCUGAACAUAUUUUCCCAUUAGCAACUGUGCUAACAAGCUUGCUUGAUUAGCAGGCUUGCUCUCUUCAGUAAGUGAAUGAAAUGACAGUCCUAGAACGAAAUAUCUUUUUUGGGACUGACUUGCACUAGUUUUCAAUCUUGAAUCUACUUCGCCAAGCAACUAAAACUACAUAGUAUAUCGAGGCACGGAUGAAUUUCACCAUACCAUUUUGUGGUAUGAUCGGGCCUUAAGACAAUAUUCGUAUAGACUUAGUAACCCUUGACCUUUUAAAUAAGCUCACAUAUGUGACCCUUUGCAUGGCAAAAGGAACUAAAUCCUUUAGUAUAAAUUUUCUGUUUAAGACUGUUUCUGCCACAGAACAUGCAACCCUGCUCUCCUGCACCAUAACCCUUUGGUUCCCACACUGUCUAAUCGCUUGAUCCAGUAACCCCCCAUUUAAUCUUCAGUCCCACUCAUACACCUAUAGACACUCCUGUGAGGAUCCUCAGCAGUCACCCUGAGCUGUGUCUAGUAUUUACAGUUCAUAUGUGGCUAUUAGGGACAGACAGAUCCUUCCUUCUCUCACACAUGUAGCAUUUCCUGGUCAUGUGGAGAGUGGGUGGGGCUACAUAGCCACAUCCUAGUUUAAGUCCUCCCACUAGGCGGUACAUCUUUGAAUCUUCUAUGCCCUUUUUGACCAAAUUAGCUUUGGUUCUUGAACCAGUUCUGUUCAAGAUUCUUGGAACACUAAUGCUAUCUAGCAAAGUAGCCCAACCAGUUUUGAGCAGAACAUUAUAAUCCAGGAUGCGUCAUCAAUGGAGGGCUAUUGGAAUAUGACACGCCCAUUUUUGUUCGCACUUCAGGUCAAGGAAAACCUGAUAUUUUUUGGUUCCUGCUCCACCUUUCGGGUUGCGAACCAGUUUAUUUUUGGUCGAAAUUCUCCAAACGGUUCAAAAUUCAGUGCGCGAACCAGAACGGAGCUAGUUCCAUGUUGGUGGAAAAGGCCUAUCUGUGAGACCUGCUAACUUUCUUCACACACAAACACUCUUACACGUAAGCACAGAUAUUGAUAGGAAAGCACACACAUGCUUGUUGGUGUGGAUGUACACACACACACACACACUCAGAACAGAAAUCAGCACACAAACAGUAUAUUCACAAACACAAAUCAGCACGCUAAAAUAAAAACGGUAUGCUGUUCAGCUUCAUAGAAGAAUUUCUCUGUGCUAGAAUGAAACCAACUCUUUAUUGUGCUUUGGUGGUCUAUGCUAAUAUUUUUAAAACAAGGAUGAGCUGUGUGUGUGCGUUGGUCCUGUCAUAGUCAGUGUCGGACAGUUUCAUCAUAGGCUCAGCUCAUCCUGCCUCCUUCUCGUCUAUCCUCUUCCUGUGUUUCAUUCCAACUCUUUGACAGCAAUACAGUGAUCUUAGUUGGGAACGCGAUGUACACACAGAGAGAUGGACAGAGACAGAGAAGAGCCAUAGAAGUUAACCGGUAGUUAAGAGAGGAGUGAGUUCACUUGCAGGAAGAACUGUAAAGGGAAUAAUGUUACAUUCAUGGCACGUCUGAAGUUGGCAUUUUCUUUGCAACUUUUUAUUGAUUUACUAAUGUACUUAAUAGAGACUAGUAGAUUCAACAUACUAAGAGCUAUUACCAAGCCACUUUAGGUGACUACUGUAGUACUAUAGUAGAAAAUUAUCAAGAUGUUCAGAGUUUCAAGUUAUCUAGUGUCUCUGGCAUAUAGUUUACUUAACAUCUGUAGUGUAAAUAGAUGGAAGUAAAUUGCUUUUUAAUUGCUUUUUUUUAAAACAUUUUUGUUCUGCAUUUUCUUGUUCUUUGUUUUGUAUAGGAUAUCACUGGAAGUUAUUACAAAAGGUUUAUUUAUUAAAAACGUGUUUUACUAAACUCGACAGCAUGAACUGCCCAGCUCCAAAAUGCCAUGAAUGCAGCAGUAUUUCAGCAAGGCAGAAGUUGUCUUUAUAAUGAAAAAUCUCUAGUUGUAAAAUAGAGAACCACAUUUUAAGCGAUAACAACACCUAAAAUUGUAGGGAACAUUUUUUGUAUUAUUCUAGGGAAUCAUCUAAAUUCAGUUUUGGCAUUUUAGAUUCUAUUAAAACACUGUGAAAUUACUUUGAUUUACAGACCAUAAGCAUUCUUAUGUGUCACACCAGUAUAAUGAGUAGAAGCAGCCAUCUUAAUGGAGAUCUAUCUACUCACUGUCUAUGCAUUGUGCAUUAAAGGCUGGGAGGGUCAUCGCUGAAACUAUGAAGGAUUAGUGACGUGUUUGUAGGGUGUUGUCGUACUUGUCAGAUGUGUGAAGUGUUACUACUGCAUCCAUCCUGUAGAGAGUGCUGCUUAGCCUCUGGAACACUGAUAGUCUGGCUCUGAGACUCAUCAAAGGCUGAGUGAGAAACCUUACAUCAUUAGAGAAGCUUCUGUGGAGUUACAUCCUGCUGUCAUUUAAUAAGCUUUGAUGGCCACUCUAUACUAUUGUGUCUGGAAUACUAAAAAUCAUGUUAAUUAUGUACAGCUCCCCUUAAAACCCCAAAGUCUUGUGCUCUUUGAACACAGUCUUGGUCAUUUAUUGAAGCACUGACGUGAUAUAAAAGUUGCUUUAUUGUAUAUUGGUAAAACAUUGUCAACUGUGUACUGUACAUCUGUGCUUUUGGGAGCAAAACAGUCUUGGUAGUUAGAGACAGUUAUGAUAAUCAAAGAGCAAGUGAUCAAAUAGUCAAACAAAAAAGACUAGACUAAAACUAAAAACACCAUAUAAGCAUUUUAAUAUUGUACUCUUCCCUCCAAAUCAUUCCCAUGAGUUGCCUAAAAGUAAAACAUCAGACAUGACAUCUGUGUGGAUCAUAUGUGAAAACGACAAUGUGAAUCUUUCUUUGGGAAUAGAAGAACAAAGGGAUGAAAGCACUUUGAUAGGUGUAGACAGUGGUCCGUGUAUAUAAAAUAGGAGCAAGUUGUAGUCUUAAUGUGUCUUGGAAGCUAUGUAUGUUCCCAUAUGACGGGAUGAUCUGAUGUUGUGUAUCAUGGAUGACGCAUCGGUAGCCCUUUAUCUUGGUCAGCUUAGAGGAUUUUAGUGUAACUUUGGUCACCUGUGUUGUACAAUUGGCUAUGAUGGUUUAACACUGUCCGGUGUGUCCCCAUGUUGUUCCCGUCAACAUUCACUGGUUAUUACUUUCUGACCAAGCUACAAAGUCUCAUUUACGAAGUGGGCAAGUUCCUUCUUAUCAUUAAAUUUAAAGGAUGCCUCUGGUAGAAGGGUUUGCCAUGAAUGAAUUUCACUCCUUUAAAGUAUAAAGUAAGCAUAAAGUAUGUUAAGUCAUUGUAUGUGAUUUUCAUGAUCCUAAAACAGUGACAACUGACAAUGUGUUGAGACACGAGAACAGUUCCAAAGCUGCAUGGUUAAAUAAUUUUAAUGACAAGCAUUCAAACCUGUGAGGUUGAUUUCGCAACCUGUAAAACAGACAUUAGAUUUGAUGAAAAUGAUGCACUUUACGUGUGAGGAGGUGAGUGAUGUUAUCCAGACAGCUACCAAGUUUUUGUAAGGGAAAUUGCUAAUGAUGAAGAUUGUGAUUCUGUUUUGCAAUGUAUGAAUCUACAGGCUAUAAACUAAAAAGCAAUUCCAGUUAAGUAAGUUUGUAAAACUUAGUACAUGUGAUUUAAGUGAAGUCAUAGUGAAAUAAAAUUGGUUGUUUUCCACGUAUUUGUUAAGGAUUUUGGAAGGGCAUUCUUGUAGAGAGCUGACAGGAAAUGAGAUGGGUGAUGACGUGACACAAACGUCCCUGGACACGGUCAGCAUCUUAAACCGUUAGGCCAACCAGGCAUCGCAAAGUGAAUAGUGAUUAAGCUAGAUUCAUGCUUUUAGUACUUAGGAUUAUUUGUGGAAUAAAUUUAACAUUGCAAUUUUGCAGCUUGGACAAAAGGCAAUAAUCAGAUUCACUCUGAUGUCCCCUCACAAAUGUUUGAUUCCCCAGUUAUAGAGCUUGAAUACCACCUUUCCACUAGUAUCUUACACUGUCCCUUGUAUAUAUUUUCCACCACGUUUUUAUCACUCCAGAAGUAACUCAAAUAAAUAAAACAACAAAAAACAAAAAAAAAACGUAUUAACACUGAGUGAAGGAUGUUGACAGAUGAGCUUUCACCUCCAUAGACCUGUUACCGUUAGGGUCAAUAAUGGUAUUAUAAGAUUGAAAGCAUCAGAAAGGAAAAGUGUACUUUUCUUUUUUCAGAGUCUGCCUUUGUCCUCCAAGAAAAGAGCUGCUUAAGUAUCAAGAAUGUUUUUAAAAUGUAUUAAAGAUGCAAGAUUAUGAAUUCAUGUAUGAGGUUUGUCUCUGUUCUGUUUUGGAAGAUAUGUCAUAUAUGGAUACACUAUUAAUGGGAUUCAUGUUGACGGGCAGGAAGGGAGGCAGUGUGUGUCAUGUUUGGUGAGGUCUAAUACGUGGCUUAACAGAAGUAUCACAGAAAAAAAAACCUGGGAUCACAUAAAAACAAAAUCGCACACAUUGGUUGGCAGACUUUACUUCAUUAAAACAGUAAGAAACAAAGUGUUUUCCACUUCAGUUUGAAAUGCACUACUCUACAUGUGACAUGUGACACACAUUGGUCAGCCCUUACUCCCGCCUACCGCCACCCCCCUGUUAGACUUUCCAGGCUUAGUCUUUUGGCAUGUGGUAGAAAGUAAUGUUCUGUAUUAAACAGCUCUUAUAGACACCGUGUCAUACCUACCAACACAAGAUUGGAUGAAAGGAGGACCAAAGUAUUUUCUCAGUGUCAAAAGAAAAAGGCUGAAAAUAAUGGAAUAUUUUAGACCAAUUUGCACAAUUUAAAAGCAUAUGGUAUAUUAAUGGAAUUUUGAAUUUGAAUUGUCCUCCUAAGAGAGGCAGCUAAUUGCAUGAAAUGUAACUUGGAAAAAGGUUAAAUCCAGAACAAAAGGGAGUGUUGGUAGAUAAACACCUGGAGCCCUUAGCUGUGUCUCCCACCUACAGAGGCUUGUCAGCAUCACAGCACUGAAAAGUAGCUUUCUCUACUUGUGUCCUUUACCACAUAUACAGCAACUACCAGAUGGUAAUCCAGUUAAAAACCAAUAUUCAAACUGUCUGUUUAUCAAGGAGAGCACAAAAUUAGAACUCUGUAUUUUUACAUGAUAAAUACAGUAUUGAUUUUAUUCAUGAGACAGGCUUUGUCCCAAUCUGUCUUUACACAUUUACAGGAACCAGGCAAAAUAAUCUACUUUUCAGUGCCGUGGAGUGGGUCCACUAUAUUGCGUGCUGUGUUAUUCUGUAGGGCACAACACCAUAGCAAGAGCAUGCAGAAGACAACAAACUGCUGGUUGUUAGAGGCAUCUGUCCCAUUAGAUAGAGCUCAUCUCCCCCUAUAAUUCUGAAUAUUUGGUAUGAAAGAGUUGUUCAUUGUGAUUAAUUGUUAACCAGUGAUGUGAAUAUUAAUCAUGAAAUAAAAAGAUGAGCAAAAGAUCA